UGGGGGGGCCACUGUGGCCCGGAAACGAGGAGUCAACUGUACGAGGAAGAGAAGCCUCAGGUGCGAGUGUGCCAAGUUAACGAGUAUGGCUUCUCCAGAGCCCAACGAUGAAGAUCGUAUUGUAGAGCUAGUUGUGCGUGAUGCCCCUGAUUCGGCCGGCGAUGCUGAUGCUGUUGCGGUUUCGGAGGACUUUGCCCCUUUGCUUGCGCAGCCUGAAAGACCCAGCAUCAACAUCUUCACCCUCCCUUAUCCCCGAAGAAAAUCCAGAGAUGAAGUAACAAGAUUACUUGAGUCAGAGCCUUCUUCUUUGACCCAUUUCAUAUUGUGGGUAUGGAAUGGAUCUAGAUACUCUGGUUUACUUUGUAUGGUCCUUUCAUCUACCACCUACUUUCUUAUGGAAGUUCUUUCCAAUACUUUUUCCGUCCAGGCAAUUCCUUUAUUUGAGGCUGCUUUCACAAGAUGUACAGUUAUGUUGGUGCUAUCAUAUAUAUGGUUGAGAAGGGGUGAACAGCCGCUUUUUGCAACAUCCCAUGUUAGGAAUAUUUUGAUUUCAAGAGCCCUUGUAGGCUGUUUGUCUUUGUCAAGUUUUGUAUAUUGUGUUCAGAGGUUGCCUUUCUCUCAGGCUAGUGUAUUAAAUUUAACAACUCCUAUUAUGGCAUCAAUUAUGGCUAGGCUCUUUUUGCAUGAGAAGUUGAAAAUUGCAGAUAUUGCAGGCCUUGCUUGCAGUUUCUUUGGUGUGCUCUUCUUUUUCCACGAAAUGCUUGCUACACAAGGACAGUUAGUUAAAGCUGAGGAAGAAAGUAAUGCAAAUUAUAAAGGAGGUCAUAUAUUUGCAUUAUUAUUUGGUCUCGUUUCAUCAAUUACCAGUGGAAGCAGCUACUGCCUUAUAAGGGCUGCAGCAAAAGCUUCUGAUCAGCCACUGGUAACUGUCCUUGCAUUUAGCAUGCUGGCUAGCCCAUUGAUGGCCCUAUGUACCUUCUUCUUUGAGGAUUUUGUGCUCCCAGGAUUUCAGUCAAUUAUACUCAUGCUUGUACUUAGUGUUCUCGCCUUCUUUGCUGAGGUAUUGUUAGCGCGUGGACUGCAACUUGAGAGGACUGGGAAAAUUGUCAAUGUCCUAUACUUGGAGGUAGAACUAUCACAAUUGUGGAGGCUUGCAUUUUCAAGAGUGGUCUUGUCUUUCGGUCAGGUUAUUGGAUUCUCACUGGUGAUUGCUUCUGUAUGUUGGACUUUGUAUUUGGGACCAGAUAAAGAGUUGGGAUGAUAUAUUUAAAUCAGUUAUUUGCUGGGAUUUACUCCUAAUUAGUUGCUGUCAUUUGUUGUUUUGGAUUUGGGAUCCGCUAAAUUGAGGAUCGUAAUCAUGAGUGAA